UUUGUCACCGGGUUUUAAAAAUCCGGUAAAUUUGUUUCUACGUUAAAAAAAACACCCCACUUAUUCGUUUGCUAGGAAAUAAAAUUUCUUGACCGGAAGCAAAGUGAAAAUUUCCACCUAUCAAAAGUUUGGCGAGAAAGUGAUGUUGUGGAACAGGAAUCGAGCAUGCGGUGGACAUGUGAUUGUGAAUGAAAGAAUGAUGCGGCGAAAUCGUGGGUGACGAAGCAUGAGUGAUAUAGCUGUAAUUUGGACACUACCCAGUUACCAUCUGUUGUCUCUGCUCAUUCCUUUACAAGCACUGUAACUUUCCAUUGAAGAUUUACUCACACUUCAUCAUAAUUAAAUUUGGUUGGAAUGGAAAUAUCAAAACAAACAAUCAUUUCAUUUCUUUUGACUGAUCUUCCAUUUUAGUUGGUUGAUGGAGAAUUCAAAGCUGCCAUCUCUCUGUUGGUGUGGGUUUUUUCUAAUUUAAGCUUUGUUUAUUCAUGUUAUAAGAGGCAAUAACAAGUUGGGUGUGAGUAGAUUUCUGUUUAGAAUGGUGACCAUGGACUCGGAGAAGAAAUCAAGUGUUUCCAAUGUGGGGGCAUGGGCUAUGAAUAUCAUAAGUUCUGUGGGGAUUAUAAUGGCCAAUAAGGAGGUCAUGUCUCGGGCAGGAUACGACUUCAGAUUUGCAACCACCUUGACUGCAUUCCAUUUCUCUGUGACUGCCAUUGUGGGGUUUAUAUCCAAUGCAACUGGAUAUUCAACAUCAAAGCAUGUGCCAUUGUGGGAUCUUCUUUGGUUCUCUAUUGUAGCCAAUAUGUCCAUCGUGGGAAUGAACUUGAGCCUCAUGUUGAAUUCAGUUGGAUUUUAUCAGAUUUCAAAAUUGAGCAUGAUUCCUGUGGUUUGUGUGAUGGAGUGGAUUAUUCACAGCAAGCAUUACACCAAGGAAGUUAAGGCUGCAGUGGCUGUAGUUGUGCUAGGAGUGGGUGUCUGUACUGUUACUGAUGUAAAUGUGAAUCUUAAAGGGUUUGUGUGUGCCGCAGUUGCUGUCUUGUGCACUUCAUUGCAGCAAAUUACUAUUGGCUCUCUUCAAAAAAAGCACAAUGUUGGUUCUUUUGAGCUUCUAAGCAAGACUGCUCCCAUCCAGGCUGCAUCUCUUCUAGUUUUGGGCCCUUUUGUUGACUAUUUUCUAAAUGGUCGUAACUUGUUCAGAUAUCAAUUUUCAGCUGGUGCUAUCUUCUUUAUAUCCCUUUCCUGCACUCUAGCUGUUUUCUGCAAUCUCAGUCAAUACCUCUGCAUUGGACGCUUCUCAGCAGUUUCAUUUCAGGUUUUGGGCCACAUGAAAACAGUUUGUGUUCUUAUACUGGGUUGGAUCCUUUUUGAUUCAGUAUUGACAGCCAAGAAUAUAAUGGGAAUGUUAAUGGCUGUCCUUGGGAUGAUUCUGUACAGCUUGGCAGUUGAGAAACAAGCUACUGCAAAGAAUUCAUCCUUGAUGUAUGUGAAAGAAACGGUCCUUCAAGAGGAGGAUGUAAGUCUCCUCAAAAAUGGAUUUGAGAAGCAGAGUACAAAAGACAUUGAAUUUGGUAGGGAAACAAAUUAAAAGUUUUUACGGAUAGCAAGAUGUAUUUAUUGAUAUCAAUAGUCAAGUCAGCCCAGCUUCUUCACAAAGAGGAACCGAUGGCUGGCUUAGGUUCCUUAUUUUUCUACCUUUAGAAAGGUAUUUUUAUUUGGCUUUUAGUGAAAGAAUAAUCUCCAUGCCUAAAGCAUUUGAAUGCUCUUCUUAUUUUAGGAAGAAGGGUAACUCGUCCAUUUUUUAUGAAUAGCCUAUGUGAAAUGUAUGAAAUAGAAGCAUCCCACAGAUUGUCUUGAUCAAUGUCUCCGGCCCUAUUUACCCUCUUGGAUUCAUUGGCAAAGAUUCAAAUCCAUAUGACUGUUGGAUUUUUUUUCCAUCAGAGAAAAUACAGAACAAGUUUUCUUCUCAA